GCAAACCAGAAAGGCCAUUCCUUCAUUCCCUUCUUCCCAGUUUGCAACAUUUUCAUCUUUUCUUUCUAGCCAUGACUAGAAAGAAGGUGAAACUUACCUACAUCACUAAUGAUAGUGCUCGAAAAGCAACAUAUAAGAAAAGGAAGAAGGGUCUCAUGAAAAAGGUGAGUGAACUCACCACCCUUUGUGACAUUGAUGCUUGUGCUAUUAUCUACAGCCCCUAUGACUCCCAGCCUGAAAUUUGGCCUUCCCCCUUGGGAGUCCAACGUGUGCUUGCGCAGUUCAAGACCAUGCCUGAAAUGGAGCAAAGCAAGAAGAUGGUGAAUCAGGAGACUUUCCUGAGGCAAAGAAUCAACAAGGCUCAGGAACAGCUUAAAAAGCAAAAGAAAGACAAUCGGGAAAAGGAGAUGGCUCGUGUGCUGUUCCAAAGCCUAACCGGAAAGUCCCUCCAGGGCUUGACACUGUCAGACCUGACUGAUCUCGGCUGGGUCAUUGACCAACACCUGAAGGAGUUACAUCUCAGGAUGAAGAACAUUAAGGAGGAGGCUGUGAAGAGCCAGAACCAAGUGCAAGGAGCACAAGGGGUGUCAGCUGCUGCAACGGAACAUAGAAUGGCAGCGAUGAAGAGUAAUGGAGAGGGCAGCAGCAGCAACAUGGCGAUGAAGAAUGGUGAAGAGGGCAGCAACAUGCAGCAUGCAUCCCUUAACAGGCAAGUUUUUGAUCACAUGCAUAACAUGGAGGCAAUGCAGCUCCAAAUGAUUCAGAUGGCAGCUCAUAAGCAGCAGAACCCUUGGUUCAUGGACAUGAUGAAUGCGCCACCACCAACACCACUGCCACAUCCAGAUCAUCAUCAGCAUAUGGGGUUUACCGGGGAGGACAUGAUGCUUCCUUUCGCGGAUCAUAACCACAACAUUAUGUGGCCAAAUCCUCCUCCUGCUGGCGGCUUUAAUUUUCCUUGA